AUGGUAUCAGAUACUCAUUUAUAUGAUAUUUUAACCGUGGCUCAUUCGGCUUCGACCGAAGAGAUAUCACGAGCGUACAAAAAAUUGGCGCUUAAAUAUCAUCCUGAUAAGAAUAAACACGAUCCUCAGCUGACUGAACACUUUAAAGAGAUCACCAGGGCAUAUGAGGUGCUACGAGAUGAAAAGGCUCGGUCGGUGUACGAUCAUUAUGGCGAGGCUGGCCUUGAUGGUACGGCAGCAGAGGCUCAAAAGAAGAGCCGUAGUGGAUGUGCUUUCAACUCUCCUGGUCCAUUCACAGCCAAUAUAUUCACCCAGAUGUUCAGCAACUUGAACGAUAUGCUCAAAUCAAACGAUAUGAACAACUUUGCCUUUGGUAAUUUGGCAUCAGAUCAAUUUGAGCAUCACGUACAAUCCAUGACCGAUCCCCAUAAAUUGCGUCAUGGCGCAGAUAUCUACCACACUUAUGACGUUACGCUUGAAGACCUAUAUUUUGGUAAAGUUGCCAAACUUCAAUUGCCUCGAAUAUCCAAAUGUAAGCACUGUCAUGGCAUCGGUGGUGCUAACCCUAAACUGUGUCCUUCCUGUGAAGGCAGUGGAAGAGUCAUGAUGACCAUGGCUAACAAGUUCUGCAGGUCGCAAGAAGUGAGCCUGUGUCGAGCCUGUGAUGGUACAGGUACUGUCGUAAGCCCUAAUGAUCAAUGUCCUCAUUGCAACCGAGGGUACGUUCGAGAAAAGAAGCUCCUUAAAGCCAAUAUUCUUCCCGGAUCCAAGGGUGGCGACAAAAUUAUACUCCAAGGCCAAGCUGACGAGGGACGCAAUACUUUACCUGGAGACGUUAUCAUUCAACUCCGCGAACUUCCUCAUUCAUCGAUAGUUCGACGCAAUAAUGACUUAUACUUGGAACAGCCGAUAGACUUGAAAACUGCUCUUUUGGGCGGCACUGUCAAGGUCGACAACUUUAUACAACCCUUGAGAUUGUUUGUGAAUGUCCACGGACGCACAGGCAUUAACGACGACAUCAAUGAACAUGUAAAGGAUGGUGAAAUUGUGGGAACCAUCAAUUCAGGAACCCCCAAGUUGGUUACAGAGUUAGGAAUGCCUAUCAAUGAUGUGAUAGAUGGCACCUACUACCAAAACCCCGAUGAGGUUGAGGAGUUUUCGCUGGCAGUCUUCGACUUAUCUCAUUACCAACGAGGGAACCUCUUCAUCAAGUUUGAUGUAAGACUUCCAGAAACAACCCUGUUUUCCAUCGACGACUUGAAAAUGCUCCUGAACAUCCUUCCGUCUGAGACUCUGCACGAGGCUCCGGAGGAUAGCAGAGCACAGAAGCCAACGUUGCAUGCGUAUUUGAGCAAUCUCCCAUCAUACAACCAACCCACGACACCAAAACACAAGGCACCCAUGGGAACAAAACGGCCACGGUCGGGCCUCUCUUAA